AAGGCAUACGUCGUUUCGCCGAGAGACGUUUCGUCAAGAGUCAUUUCGCUGUGACACAUUACCACCUCAAAAAUAAUUCAAAUUUCCAAGUAAAUUUGAUGCGGAAAUAUCUAUAUUCCUAAAAAUAUGUCACUGAUUUAUAAAAUUUAGUUAUUCUUGCGGCGAAUCGACUCCGGGCGAAUAUGUGCCGCGAAGAAACAACUCGCGACGAAACACCGUAAUUGAGUAACAGAAGCAGUAAACCAUUAAUGAAUAAUUCUGUUAUUUUAUGUCCUUAAAAAUGAAUUCGAAGGUGUAUAAGUGGUGUGGGGUCCCUCACUGUGGUAAUACAUCAAAAAAGACUCCCAAUAAAUUAUUCGUGUUCGUUCCGCAAAAGAAAUCAAUUCGGGACAAAUGGCUUGAACUUGCGAAGCGGGACUCAUUUGUGAUAAUGGCUACGACCCACCUUUACUUCUGUGAAGAUCAUUUCGAUGCGUGUUAUUGUGCUGUGGCUCUAUGGCUGUGUUGGGUAUUAUCAACAUUCAAAUUUCAGUUGCCAAAUGAUAUGGUGAAUUAUAUGCAAUAUCAUUUGAUGGGUUCAGUGCCAAAGGUUCGCAUGAAGGCAGGAUGUUUGCCUACAAAGUUUGAGUGUCAAUCAGAUAUAAAAAGAAAAUAUACAUCUGAUGCUACAUAUCAAUCAAUUCUCAAAAAACAAAGAAAGACAUUGAGUAAAAAAUCGGAAAAUGGUUUGGAUGAGAAAAUUGGUACUAUAAAACAGGAGGAAUUUAAAGAGGCUACAUUGAGUAGUUCAGGGAAUGGAAGGAAAAAGUGGCUUCAGCUUGCCCGCAGGGAUGCAGCUCUCGUAGCUCCACAAUCCAAAAUGCAUUUUUUCGAUUUGCCAAAUGAUAUGGAAAACUAUACUGAAUAUCGAGUGAUGGGCUCGGUAUCUCAGGUCCGAAUGAGAGCGGGUUGUAUGCCAACAAAAUUUGAGUGUCAACCUGAUCGGAGAAGACGAGCAGGGAAUGAAAGAACACGACCAUUAGUAGUUAAAAGACAAAGAUUGGAAGCAAUAGCUGAUUGUGAAAGGGAAAUAGAACAAGCACGCUCUGCACAAAGUAUUUCCAAUGCUGAGGUUCAACCAGGUCCAAGCUCAGGUGAUUCUAAAGGGGAUGUAUUAAAUGUGCAAGUAAAUGUAUCAGUUGGAAAUACUAUUGAAAAUAAUGAUUAUUAUCAGCAUGGUACUUUAAAUCCAUGUGACUCAAGAUAUACUGAAACAGAUCGUGUUUCACGUAACAGUUGUAUAAAAAAGGAGUGUGAAGAUAUGUCUACUGAAGAUUUAUCAGAAUCUGAGGACAAUGAACAUGUUAACAUAAAAACUGAACCUAAUGUAAAUUGCUAUGAAGAUUAUAUCAUUAAUUAUGGCAUUAAGGAAGAUAUAGACCCGGAGGACCAGAAAUUCAACAGAGAUGUUGACAUAAAAAGUGAAACAAUGGAAGAAUAUGAGGAUGAAACAGCUACCAAUUUUUGUCGGCCAGAAUUACAGUCGAUUGUACAAAAUAGUGAGAACUAUCAUGAAAGUACUUGAAUAUUUUCAAAUAAAUUUUGUCCCCAAUUCUUACAACUCAUA